UAUGACAUUUUAUUUAUAGUGAGUAAUUUCCAGACUGUUUUUGCGCCCUUGCCUUGAAUGGCAUUUCGGGAAGAGGACACACUUUGUUGUUUUUGUUUGGAGUCCAAAAUCGUGAUCUUAACUCCAUCCGAAGGACUCUCGCGAUAUUUUGCGACGGUCACCACUUCCUUUUCAGUAAACGAGUAGGCGGAAUGAGACCAAAGAGGACCUGUAUCGGCGACUGACUGUAAUAUAACUCUUACAAAUGAAAUUUAUGCGUGCGUAAAAAAUAGUAAGAACAGUGCUGUGACAUUUUUAUGUUUAAUAGAUAUGUUGGUGUUUUAAUGAGUCGCUUAUAACGGGACACAUUAACGUUACGCAACAUUUACUGUUUAUCGUAAGAGGAACGGGCGUGUUUCCUCAAGAAAGCCAGCUAGAUGGAUGAUUUCACGUUGAAAGAUAUGGAUUAAAAAUCGACGAAAUGAUCCGCCACAUUUGCGUAGGGGUGGUUUUGACGCUGUUGAUCAACAUGGAGGGGACAUUUUGCUUAAAUCCGCCUCAGGAUGUCAGGAUAGUCCAAUCAGUUCUUCAAUGGAAGAGGCCUCCAGACGAUGAUGGCAGUUUCCUGUAUACACUGCAGUAUAAACUUGACUCCAAAACAGAUUAUGAAUGGUACAAUGUGACGAGCCAUAACGGAACAGAGUUAAGAUUUCAAAUCACUUCUGAGUUUUAUGGUGCAGUAUUUCGAGUGCGCUCAGAGAAAGGAAACAAUGUGUCGGAAUGGAAGCGUUCAAAACCAGUCCAGUGUGUAAAUGCUAACUUCUGUGCUCCUGUGUUUAAACUGUCUGUGAAACCUGGAAUGGCUUAUGUGACUAUGGCACAUAUGGACAAGAGCUUACAGAGAGAAGAUGGAGAAAAUGUUGCAUUUAAUAUAUCAUUCUGGAAAGUGAAUAACGGAGGAUACUCAAAGGCAGAGUUUAUUACUACAAAAAGCGAGAAUGAAGCCAUUUUUACUCUGGAAUCAGGGCAAAACUACUGUUUCCAUGUUCAGUAUUCGCUCUAUGGAAACCCUUAUGGGAAUGUUAGCAACCAAAUUUGUGCAAUCAUCCCAGAAACACCUGAAAUGAUGAAGAGCCGUGCUUUGCUCUAUAGUAUAUUAAUUUCAUUUCUUGUUACGGCCAUGUGUGGAGUCUGCAUUUUUCUGCUUUUUAAACACCACAAAAAGGUCAAACAGUUUUUACAACCACUUCGCCUGGAAAUUCCUGACCAUUAUCAAGAGUUUUUUAGGUCUGGGGAGUUUCCUCUUCAAGCAUGUCCAAGUCCCAGCAGUCAGAGUUUGCGGUCAUAUGACAUGAUCACAGUAAUAGAGAACAGCCAUUUGGGGCAGAAAGGCCAAGAAGAGGAACAAGAAAAAAACAUUUUAACUUCACGAUUUUAUGCAUGUUCUUAGUUUAUUUACUGUUUUUUUGGCAAAUAAUAUACUUUGCACUUCAUUAACAAACUUUGCUGACAAAUUCAGAUCUGUGUGUAAACAUAUGUUUUUGUUGAAUACUGGUUCAGGAUCGGAUGACAUUGAUAUGAGCAAUAGGGUUUAUAUAUUGUUUGGGUAUAUAUGGUAUAUAUAUAUAUAUUAUUAUAUAUUAUAUAUAUUAUUACUUGGAGUAGUUUUUUACAUUUAUUUCAGCUAUUUGUGUUAGAUUAGAUAGCAUUUCUAGCUCUAUUGACACUAAAUAUGAAAGUUAUUGUUUGUUGCACCAGUUUUAGGACAAUGUAAUCACUAUCUACAUCUCAUCUGCAUAGGUAUGGAAAAAACGGGGGUUGAGCUCAAGUAAAUAAUUAAAUUCCUUCCCAUAAACAUUUAAAUAUGGUUAAAUAUAUACGAAGUUUGCAAAUUACUGUAUUAAUUUAAUUUGCUCGUUAUUGUUUGGCACUAUAACUGGGAUUGGCCACUCCAUUCUAUCUUCUGAUAUUCCUUCUCUGUUACAACACAAGACACAAGUGCUCAGUUUUUAGUAUUAAGUAUUGAAUUAACUUGAUAUUAUUUAAAGUUCCUUAUUAAUAGCAGUGUACAGUUGGUCUUGUCUUCCCCACUUCUUGUAUAUUUAUAUAUUUUUUAUUUCUGAAUAGAAAAAGAAAAUUAUUUGGUUGCCAUAAUUUCAAAAAUAUAACAUAGCAAAGCAUUUCAUGUAACAAAUACAGUUAUCUACGCUGAUGAAUUCUUUAUGGAAGAAAGGAAGAUCUUUGAAAAGUGGCACUAUCUUAAAAAAGCAGAGUCUGUGUCAGAGCUUAUUUUAAUUGCAUGUUAGUUUGGGUUGCUCAGCUUGUUUGUGUUUUUAUGUUGUAGAAAAAAUCUGAAAGCCUUAAUUUGUCAUAGUUGCCAUUUGACAAACAAUACCAAGUUAGUAUUUGUGGUCAAUAUUCUUUUACACUGUAAAAUGCACUUGUCAAAUAAGUGUGGACUUGAAUAUAUGUGAAAAUAGUCUUUGAAAUUUGAACUACUGCUAAUUGAUAAUGUAAACGUUUGUCGUUUGCUUCUCUUGUUUUAAUGAAUAGCCUACUACAGGUUUUGUAUUAAUUUGCUCAAGAGGAUUUCUGCGAGUUUCAUAAUUGUGAAAAACGGUGAUAGAAAUAAAAAAAGAAAAGAAAAAAACGGUUAUCUUUUCUUUGAUUAUU